AUGUUGAGUCAAACAAUAAGUGAUGAGGAAUCGACACUACCAGUUAUUUCUAGCUGUUUUCAAGAUCUCAACCACACUGCCAUAAACUAUGUUCGCGCCGUAUGUUCUUCUCUCAAAGCAAAAGCUGAGAGCUCAUGGAUCAGAUUUACCACUCCUUCGAGAACAAGGAAUGAAAUACCUCAAGAGAUUGUCAACUAUGAGAACGGAAUAGAAGGAAAAUUUAGUGUGAAAGGAAACACUCUCAAAUGGUCUUUCUCAUACAGAAACAUGCGUUCAUUUGCGAGGAGAUUUGUUGCAUCAAUUGAUGUUUAUAAAUAUGAAAAACUACACUCUGAAAAAAUAUUUGUAGCAGACUUGAUGGCAACGCUCCAAACAGAAAGCCAAUUCGUCAUCGAGGAUAUCCCGGACCCACAACCUGACCCGAUCUGCCGCUACUAUGCCAUCAAUGUGACUUUCAAAGACGGAACAUAUUCGUUUUGGAGCUCCAACAUUACUUGCUACGAAUAUCCUGUCCAAAUUCCUGUUCCGCCAACAAACGUCAGAGUGAAAUUUGAACAUUCAUCAGCGAUAACGGUCAGUUUCAAGUCGCACGUCGGUAAAUGGAUUUCGCAUCAGGAAAAUGGAUGUGAGGUUCACCUGUGCAAAUCUGCAAAUUUGGCAAGCAAAUGUUUAUCCAAACAACUGUCUAUAGACGAAACAUCUACAAUGUUUGAGCAAUUGAAACACAAUGCUCGUUACUACCUCACAACGUUUUGCUAUUCAUUGAUGGGACGCAGUGCUCAUUCUCCAUGGAUAGUGAUUGAAACGCCAAAACGUCCACGACUCAAUUUGCCUAAGAAGCUCGACUUAUCGGGUAGAGGGAUUGAUGUGUAUGUACAUGUGGAAGAAGGGAGCUCAUGGCGUUUGACCUGGAACUUUGCAUUUGAAAAUCAAACUACAUUUCCACGAUCCUAUUUGAAAAGGAUAGAUCUACAAGUAUUUAAUGAGCCUUACGACAUCGAGGAUCCAUUUAUGGUAGCGCGAAAAGUUAGCAAGGAUGGUAUUGUGAUUGGGACAUCUCCAGCGUACACGCUCGAUACUGAUUGUUACAUCUAUAACCUGGAUGUGGAAUUUGCAGACGGGACCAGUCUGAUUUACACCACUGACGAAGACUGCUACGAUAAAACUGCGCCUGUAUAUGUCCUUGUCUUCACUGUAGUAGUCAUUCUAUGGGUGCAAGUGAUGGUUAUUCUGAUUGUGUUCAUUCAAAAAACCUUUGUCAAACUUGGUCAGUAG